AUGUCGAAGUGUUACCAGAACGUAAGUGAGCCAAACUACGUCACUGAACAGAAAGUCCAAAAUGAAGCUACGCAGUGGGAAAUGUAUUUAUCACUGGCGUCUGGAAUCCCAGCGAUGUUCAUGGUCAUCGUCCUUGGUGCAGCUUCUGAUCGACUUAACAGUCCCCUGUGUUGGGAUUCUGUCAAGAUGGGGACGAAUACCGCCAUCGAUGCUUUCAUUCAUCCCAUAGGACUAAUAAUUCUUGUCAGAGUUCUGCAGAACUGGCUUUCUGAUAUCGGCAUUGCGGUCUGCGGGGCUUUAUCCUCCAUUGCAGCGUUGCUUUUGGAAGGUUUGGCGAUCAACAGUAUCAUGAUGUUUAUCAUGUAUGCUGUGGGGAUGCUGUCAUUAACGCCAAUGAUAUUCUUGAAAGCUAUCUUGUCAAAAAUCACGGAAAAGGAAAAUCAAGGUGCUCUGUUUGCUGGAUUCGGUUUCAUCGACUGUGUCAGUUACAUCGUCGGCCAGUUUUUUUACACCAUGGUCUACGAGUCCACACUAAACGUUAAAACGGGGGCUGUGUUCUUAGUGAUGGCCGGUCAGUACUUGGUCACACUGGCCCUCUUGGGGGUUCUGUAUACACAGAAGGAAAAGCUGUCUUCUACCAAGUUGAAAAAAGCUCUGGUAAACUAA